CUUCAAAACGAAGAAAUCUCUUGACAAAAUCAUCAUAACCUUCUUGCCCACCUCAUCUCUUCCAGUUCACUUCUCUUCUCGCUUCUUCUCAUCUCUUGAUUCCGUUCAAUUUGCAAUGAUUUCCGUUUCCAGAUUCUGGGUUUUAUCUGUUUUUGUGUCAUUUGUGGUGGUUCCUGUGGUGGUAUCCGAUGAAUGCAGCCAAGACAUCAACGCAUUUCUUCCUCUUCCAUAUGCUAAUAUGACGCAUAUGGUGUGUAAACCUGUCUGGAAUUCAUACAUUGUUCGAUUCUCACAGAGCAAAGACAAUGUAGUCACAAUCGUAUUAUCAGCAACCUACACAAGUGGAUACGUUGCAAUGGGGUUCUCAAAAGAUGGCAUGAUGCUAAACUCAAGUGCCAUGGUUGGAUGGAUCACCCGAAAGGGUACUCCGGUAAUUAAACAAUACUACGCCGAAGGUUUCAAGCCGUCGGAAGUAAAACACGACAAGGGCGAGCUACCCUUGACCGGAAUUCCUCCAUUUGUCACCGUCAACGGCGCAAAGAUUCACUUAGCAUAUCAACUCCAGUACCCGAGUCAACUCAGAACUCAACCGAUUUUAUUGGCUUUCUCAAGCAAAUACCCAGAGCACCACCUCCUAUCUGUUCAUGAAGAUAAGACAACUAUCCAUUUGGAUUUCUCUCAAGGUUCUUCUGGAUCAAAAUCGAAUUCAAAUUCAAGAACUCCUUCUAACAAUCUCCAUCGUUCUAAAACGACUCAUGGGGUAUUGGGAUUACUCGGAUGGGGUAUAAUCCUGCCAUAUGGAGCUAUUGUCGCAAGAUACUUCAAGCAUAAAGAUCCAUUAUGGUAUUAUCUGCAUGUAGCCUUUCAAUUUGUUGGGUUCAUAUUUGCAGUCGCUACAGGAUUUGUGGGGUUAAGUAUGUACAAUAGGUUUAGUUUCCAUGCGCCAACUCACAAAGGCAUUGGAAUAACUGCCAUCGUGCUCAGUGUUCUACAGGUUAUGGCAUUCUUUAUAAGACCUGAUAAGGACAGUAAGCAUAGAAGGUUAUGGAAUUGGUAUCAUCAUUAUGUUGGAAAAAUUGCUCUCUUCUUUGGAGCUUUAAAUGUAUUUCUAGGUAUACAGCUUGCUGAUGCAGGAUCUUCAUGGAAGAUUGGUUAUGGGUUUGUUCUUGCUGCCAUUAUUCUUACUUCAAUCAUUCUAGAAGUGUUAAAGCUGAAAACACCCAACAAGUUUUCUUCAGAUCCUGCAUUCCCAAUGGAUCCUGUCCAUUAAAGGAAAGUCGAGUGAAAAUGUGUUUUAGAAGAUUCUAAGGUUUGAAACAGAGAGGCAAAAGCCUUUGUGUUGAAGUUUUUUUUUUCUUUAAAGAUUGUUCAAGAACAGAGUUUUGUAGAUACAUGUAGAAAGUUGUUUGAGAUUGGGAUUUGUAAAAGAAUUAAGGAAAAUAUUAGGUUCGAUUCAUUAUUGAUAUUGUAUUUGAGUGUAAUAUUAGAGAAUACACCUUUGAGAAUGUUGUAUUGCCUUAUUUCGAGUGGUUGAGUGUAAAAUUCUUGUUCUAAGUA